GCACUCUUUACUGAAACACUUGCACCUCAACAUUGCAGCAGUCAAUUAACGUACUCGACUUCAAACCCAACCAUCAUGGAGCAUGGGCGUGCAUUCAGCUCUACAUCCAGGAGUCUGUCGUCCGCGUCGUUGCGGGAUCGUCUGUCGAAGCUGACGGCCACUCCACUGCGCCCCGUGGCUGCUUUGCAAGCGAAUAUCGAAUUCGUACCUUCGAAGAUUCCGAGGCAGAGGAGAUUGCAAAUGAUGGUCGUUGCAGUUUGGUCAGUCAUGAUUCCUAUUACAUGUUUUGUAUGGUUGAUGCUUUGCUCUAUUCCAGCGCUGUGGCCAUUCUUGAUAGCGUAUUUGCUUUGGAUGUUUCUUAUAGAUAACAGCCCAGAACUGGGUGGCAGGCUAAGCCCAUGGUUCCGCUCAUUAUCUUUUUGGAAGUAUUUUGCAGAUUAUUACCCUGCUUCCUUAUUGAAGGAGUGCGAUCUUCCUGCCGACCGACCGUAUGUGUUCGGAUAUCAUCCACACGGUAUCAUCGGGAUGGGUGCUAUGGCUACUUUUGCGACAGAAGGUACUGGGUUUUCUGAGGCAUUUCCUGGCAUCAAGCCACAUCUGUUGACGCUCGUCAACAAUUUCCAUGUCCCUCUUUAUCGGGACAUUCUUAUGGCUCUUGGGAUCAGCAGUGUGAGCAAACGCUCGUGCUCAAACAUCCUUAAAGCAGGCCCUGGAUCGGCUAUCACCAUUGUAGUAGGAGGUGCGGCAGAAAGCUUGAGUGCACGUCCUGGCACUGCAGAUCUGACACUCAGAAGAAGACUUGGGUUUAUCAAGGUCGCUAUCCAGCACGGUGCCGAUCUUGUUCCCGUCUUUUCUUUUGGUGAAAACGACAUCUACCAGCAGAUGCCAAACGAGAAGGGGACGACUGUCUACAUGCUUCAGAAGAAAUUCCAGAGCAUGUUUGGUUUCACGCUGCCUUUGUUUCAUGGACGAGGACUUCUAAACUAUAACUUGGGCUUGAUGCCCUACCGCCGGCGGAUAGUUUCAGUUAUUGGUCGUCCGAUUCAUGUCCAAAAAUGCGAAAAGCCCUCUCUUGAAGAGGUUAUGCGGGUACAAAAGAUGUAUAUCGAGGAGCUAACAAGGAUCUGGAAUACGUACAAGGAUGAAUUUGCAAAAACGAGAUUGAGAGAGUUGAGCAUUAUCGAUUGAAUGUAUCUCACCCAACUCGAACGUCGGUAUUUGAUAUUGUGAAGAGCUGAGAGCCUCGUUAUAUUGGGAUCCACUUGGGACGAAAUUUGUCGGGUCUUUGGCUCAUCUGCGAUUAUUCUACGAAAGUAGAUAACAAAGUCGAUCCUUAUAUUAUAAGUAUGCAAAAUAGUUCAUGUACAUAGACAUAGAUUUCUGGAGUUGUUGUCGUUGAGGUAUGUUAUUUGUAAGUUCUUUCAAUUGCUCAAGGUGUUGCGAUGUCGCAAGAAAUACAUAUCAUGUUUUAAAUAUCACACUA